AUGGAUGAAGAAACUGUGACAGACCAGCAUGCCGAGUUGAUUGAGCGAGACAGGAUGUUGUUUUUACGUGAGGCUCGUCUUCAAGCGGCCCUCCGGUCUAACAUGAAUGCCAUAAAUUCCGCCCAAAACGAACUCCGACUUUUACUAGCUCUUCGCGGCCAACGGCGCCACUAUUUGAACUCGAAAAUUGAACAAAGGGAGGCUCUUUUGGAGGAACUGAGGGAUCGGAGCCUCCAGUUGCGCACUGACUACGACCACACUCGUGCUCAGCGCUCCGAUAUCGUGGAAUUUAUCCACGAGCUGCUCAGCUCUUAG